AUUCUUUUUUUGUUUUGUUUUUGUUUGGUUUUUCCCAGUUCCCCUAAUUUUUUAUUAUUUCUUUACAAAGAUUUUCCUUUUCGUCUUCUCCUCUGGAUUCAUAGAAGACUAUAAUAUCAUUUCCUUUGCAUAUAACAAUCAACCAUUUCUCUUUCAAAUAAGGUAUUUCAAUGCUAUCAAAGGACCUGACGCCUAAUCCUAAGGCUGUCAAUAUUGUACGUCCGUCAACUCAACGUCAACAACAACAACGGAAUCCGUCAUUGACUGAUUCCUCAUUCUCUUCUUCUUCUACUUCUUCCUCUGCAUUUAUGAAUCUCUCGUCAUCCACUACUUCUUCCAUUAACACCUUAUCCACCGCGUCAACAUACAACACACUGCAUAUUUUUACAGCAACAAAUUCCUUCAGUCCACCAAAAUCCUCACCCAUGAUACGACAGCUGUCUGUUGAUAGUAAUCCUGGUCUUUCAUUUUUUUGUCAGUUACAACCUACAACAGCAACGUCGAAGCAAGAGACUACGACGAAAAAGUCUCUCAUUACUAGCAGUAUUUACGGACCAACCCAUGCUCCCUCUUCUGCAUCAUCUUCUUCAUCUUUGAUAGACAAUGAUAACAGCAACACUCAAAAACAACAAGAUAAGAUAAAGGGGCCUUUGGUAAUAAGUAGAAUCAAUUUAGCUAAUUUUCAGCACCAUCAACAACAACAACAGCAACAACAGCAGCAACGUAUACGUGUGCCUCCACCACCCAUCGUAACAACAGCGAUGAACGACAAGAAUAAUGUAAAGGUUACUAAUGAAUAUCAAGCAACAAACGACGAGCUUGUUCAUAAACAUGAAGACAGAGACGAUAUUGACAUUGACAUUGACAUUGAUGUUGACGAUGAUGAUACUACUCCUACUGCCACUGCAACGUCAGCUACUACAACAUCCGCCUUUAAACCAGGAUUUGGAUUUUUAAGUAAUAGUAGUGGUGGACUAGGUUCUUUUCUUUUGCGCGGAAAUCUGAUAGCAGCUCAGAAACCUCAAGUAGACGAAGCUAGGAUAUAUAGAAAGCUCAAAGACCUAGAAAUAGAAAAAAAGUCGUUGUUGCAAUUGAAUCAAACUUUAGAAAUGGUCGUUAAGGAACAAUCAAAUAAAAUAAGUGAUUUGCAAAACCGACUGGCCGCGUAAGUAUUGUUAUUUAGUAAUUACACAAGCGAAAGAAACAGGAAAAAAAAAAAAAAGAGAAAAGACAGACAACAAACAAUAAUAUUUACUCUUGAUUCAUGCAGAAUAGAAAGGCCUCUGACGCCUGCUUUGGAUACACAAUCCGUUUGUAGUAGUAAAGAU